AUGAACGCUCACUGCUGGUUUCAUCCCGCACACUCGACAGCGCUCCGACGAGACCAGGGCGCCCAUGGCACCACACCAUCCCAGCAUACCGUUUCGAUGGUUCAACAUCCCGGCGGCGUUCGAAGCCCUGAAGUGAUUUACUCGGCUUCAUCUGAAUUACAGAGACACAGCUUAGCCACGGCAGUAACGUCUGCGCAUACGACUAGUCCGAUCCCGGUCAUGUCAGGCGGAGGAGAAGCAGGAAGAAGUGAUGGUCAAACCAGCGAGCCAAACCACGACGAGGAGGACGUCGGUGGCUUGGGUCUCUCUUCCAUAAUCGCUCCCGCCUCCCAAAAGCCGAUUCGUCGACGGAUGCGCAUGAUUACUUCGUGUCUCGAGUGCCGCCGGCGUAAGCUCAAGUGCGCAAAGACGCACCCGUGCCUCAACUGCAAGAAGUUCCAGAGAGAAUGUGUAUACCUGGGGCCUAACCUCGACGAGGCCAGUCAGCAGCGCCUAACCGAGAUCAAAGAAAAGGUCGGCUGCCUGGAGAGACAGCUGGAGAGGGACGUCGCCAAGGGAGCGACUGCUCGCCGUAACGGCAACAACUCCAUCAAGGGCCCCGACCUUCACAACGAGCGAUUUGUAGCAGACGACGUUGACGACGACCUCAGCGAGGAGCGCGAUCUACAGAUCACCCCAAUGGUGACGCUCGACCUCACCUACGACGAUUGCUCAGACGGUAAUGGUACCGACGAUCUUAUCGACCUCGGGGUUCGCGUCGGGAAGAUGAGGAUAACCGAGCGUAUUGGCGGCCUGAACAGGCCACGCAUCUCGGAAGAAAUCCAAGCCGGGAUAUCCGGCACCCAAAGCAGCUUCUACGGGGCUCCCGGCAGCUUCGCGUCGGAUGAGCCGCAAGACCCCGCCGAGCUCCCAGACUUCCUUAAACCCGGCGAAUCCUAUCUUGCUCCAAGCAGUGGCUUUAUGUUUGGUCAGUUUACCGAGUCUCCAGCUCUCCUCGAGCUGCUACCACCACGAGAGCUUGGCCACAGAUUGAUGCGGCGUUAUUUCGAGGCGGUCCAUCCGAUCGCACGGUGCGUUCAUCGUCCCUCUUUAGAGGCCAUCUACGCCUCAUUCUGGAACGACGUCGGGCACUAUAUCGAGCCUCGCGCCUCGGUUCAAGCCAUUGUCUUCGCGGCCUGGUUCAACGCCGCCGUCAGCGCGGACGACACUUUCUGCCGAGACUACAAGUGCACCAGAGCGCAGCUGGUGCAGCACAUGAAGAUUGCGACCGAGACGGCCCUGAGCAAAGCCGGCUUACUGAGCACGACAAGGUUUGAGACUCUGCAAGGAUUCGUAAUGUACUUGCUGUGUUUUCUCGACAUCCGAACCUGCGAGGCUCAGGGGCCGAAACCGGCCAUACGACGCGAGGACUAUGACACCAAGAUGCCGGUGAACUGCGACGAGGACCAGUUGACGCUACAUUCAACAGCCUGGCCUGAACCGGCGGAAGCCUGGACGCCCGUGCUCCUGUCCAUCAUGCGCUUCGAGAUCAACGAGAUGAUGCGCAAUAUCUGGACCGACCGGCGCAAACUGGAGAUAGGAAAGACAACACUAAUGGCCAUGAUCACUAGGGUGGAGAACUUUAGGAAGCGGAUGUUGGAGAAGUACAGCCGAAUGCUCGACGACAAGGUGCCAGACCAGAAGUACGCGAAGCUUGUCGUGGAGCUGCUCCUCUUUCGACUCCAUGUCAUGGUGUUGCACCCUUUCCACUCUAACACCGCGAAUCCACUCCCCCCCAAGCUGGACGGCUUGCUCGUUACCAGUGGUAUCCUCAUCAUCGAGAUAGCCAUCCGUCUAGAAUCGAAUCCAAUGUUCCGGGGCUGGGCGUGGUAUCUCGGUGCCUACCAGCAAUACCAGAUCGCUCUUUUGCUUGCGACCGAGAUAUACUACCGACCCAACCGCAGAGAGGCUGAGCGCAUCUGGCCUUGUCUCGACUGGGUUUUCCGGCUGGAUCCAAACGCGCCACGUCAGCAAAAGAUCAUACAAAUACUGACCGAGAUAGCGAGCAAAACAAGUGUUUACAUGAGCCUCCGCAAGGUCCGCGCGCCGAUGUCGAUCAACCGGGCCGUGCCUGGCAAGCAGGCUGUGAAGGAAUCCCCACCGUCACAGCUCGCGGAGCCUCUGCCUCCACCAUCACAGUCCAAAAAACUGUCAUUCCAUCAACCCGAUGCUGGGGUUAUCUCCGACCUCAAGGCAGAGUAUGCUACCUGUGCUCCGCCCUUGCCCUCGGCUGGCGCCCCAGUAACACCUUCACUACCUGGAACCGCGGACCUCCUGGCUACUCCUUUUCUGCCACCAUCAUCCUCAUCCAUGGGCAUCAUGAUCCCCCCUCAACAACAGCAGCAGCAGCAGCAGGAGUACCCACAGUAUCAGCACCAUCAUCAGCAGCAGCAACAAGUCAAACUUCCGCCGCAAACCCACAUGGUUUUUGCCGGCGUUACAAACGGUGAGGCACUCUGGAGCCUGCCGCCGCAGCUCAACGGGUCCGGCAGCCCCGAGAUUGGCAGCGACGGCGGUAGCAUCGCAGGGCAGCCACAGCUGCAUGGCACCAUGGCUGCGCCAACCUCGGGACUGCCGCAGCCGCCUCCGAUAAUGAACAUGAUACAGGAGCUUGACUGGGAGGCUCUUCACCAAAUGUUUCCGAUGGACCCGCAAACGGGCGAGUUGAGUUUCGCUACGUUUGUUGACAGCGGUACGGGGUCUACCGGGCAGUGGUAG